ACUUUUUGUUGCUCUUCAAUGUUCCAACCAAAUUACCUUCGCUAUAAUACAACUACAUUGGAAGUGUUCAAGAAAACCCUGAUGCAGUCACUUAAAGAAGAAGAUGAAAAUUCUCAAGUUGGAGCUUCUAGGAUGGCACAGAUCCAGAUUUCAAAAGCAUCAAGUUUUCCAUCUGGAGAAGAGGAUUCUUCUAGUCCACCUUCAAAGUCAGUCUCAGCAUCAGAAACUGUUCAUGCAAUUUCUAAUGAUUCUAAUUAUUGUGAUGUGGAUGCUUCUAAACAUGGCACACUACGGGGCUUUGAUUUAGCUUCGCAUGGUGGUACGCCAAGGCUUACUCCUCCAGGCUCUCCUCCCAGAAUUGAAACGGGAUUAGCACCAAAAAUUCUUUCACGACCAAUAUCUCCAAGAAGACACUCUAUUUCUGCUGCUGCUGCAAGAAACAUGAUUGAUGAUCGGCCGGGGACUCGGCUUCCCUCUAUGGCAUCUUCUUUUGAAACAGGAGCACAAACCGGUCGAACCAAAGUUGAUGGAAAAGAGUUUUUUCGCCAAGUCCGGAGCCGCUUAUCUUAUGAGCAGUUCAGCACAUUUCUAGCCAAUGUUAAAGAACUGAACUCACACAAGCAAACAAGAGGGAUCGAAUGGCGUCGGUGGUGGGCAGCUCUGUUAGGGUUUCGCUCGAUGGCGAUUCCUUGCGUUGAAUCCAUGGCUUUCAAUCCAUCAAUUUCGUCGUGGCCAACGACGAAGGUCUUGUCGUACUCCAUGACGAAUUCGACUUUUUCACACGUCUCCUCCUCCCGACGCAUUCGCGCCAUCAUUUAG